UUCAGUUCGGAUAACUAUUAAGGGGGUGGAAUACUAGGGUUAGGGCUUUCGGCUGGAUGCAAUUUCGUACCGGGGAAUGCAGAAGGCUGCGGCGCAUCAAAGGUCAGUGUAUCUCACCGCCCUAUCUCAGGAGAUCGAGAGGAAACUCCAAAAGGCGCUGAACUCUCCGUCCCAAAGGCUUCAACUGUUGCAGCAACUGUUUGCCGAUAUAGCGCUAGAGAUUGAUGACCGAGCAAGAGAAAUAAUUCUUAGCAAGGAUGAAGAUAAAGUCACUGAUGCAGAUGAAAUUACUGAAAGCCGCUUAUGCUUUUAUGAUGUUAUGGCAAAUCAUUUUGUCAUUAAGCCUGAAAAUGGGCAGCGCAUUCUCAAUUUGAUUGUUCUAUUAUGGAGCCAAUCUUUUGCUUCGCAUAUAUUUUCCCUUCUUUUCCAUAAAUGGGUAUGUAUUUAUAGUCAAGUUAUCAUUUUAAAAUUACAUAUUUGCUUUGCAUUUAACUUUAGGAGCAUUUUACACACAUAGCACACAAGGCUUAUGGAUUUACAUAUC